UAUAUGCAUAUUUUAGAGCAUGCACGCCAAUGGUACAUAUUUUAGACAUCUGUACGACUGCCCAUUGGGUAAAUAGGAAUUACUAGACCUGUAAUAUAUAACACCAUAUUCCCAGAUUGUGUGAUCCAGGAACAGGAAAACUGAAGGUGGGAGAAAAGUGUAUAUUGUCGGGCCAUUAUUGAGAAAUGACUGCCACAGGGCCUAGACGGGGGAGGUUCCUAACUCAGGACGGAGAAAGUAGGCGGCUGCGGCAUCCACAGGGACACAAUGGAGCCCGCGUGAAAGAGAUACAAAACGAUGCAGGAGUAAGUGAAAUUUUGUCCUGGUUAAAACGGGGGGCUCAAAAAGACGGUGCGGGGAUAUGGCGCAGUGUGGAAGGGUUGUGUAUAGCCCCAGUCAGCCUCCUCCCAUGCUUGAUCAAAGACGCCCAUGGCGUGGAUCAUGUCAAUAAGACUGAAAUGAUCCGGAAAAUCCGUCAGGAAUGGUGGUCCCCUCAGCUGGCCUCACAAGUGAACCAAAUGGUAAAUGUAUGUGCUGUGUGCAUCAACCACAACGUGCGAAAGAACCUCACCACCCCCUUAGGACAUAUUCCCCCGCCGACGGGACCGUUUCGGCAUCUAAUGAUGACUCAUAUAGAUAUGGGAGCGGAGUUACAGGUGGAUGGGAAACGCUUCCUUCUGGUAAUAGUGGACCGCUUCAGCCGGUGGGUGGAGGCGACUGCUACUUCUGGGGAAGAUGUGGAGUCCGCUAAAUUUUUAUGUUGUGAGGUCAUACCUCGAUUCGGUAUCCCUGAUUUUUUGAGUUCAGACAAUGUCAAUGGCAAGAAUGUUACAUCGGCCUUGAAGAUUGAUCAUAAGCUAGGAUGUGUAUAUCUUCCUGAGUCCCAAAGCACGAUGGAUCCAGGGUACCGCACCCUAACUAAUAAAUUGGCAAAAAUAUGCGAUGAAUCACACCUAAACUGGGUCCAAGCCUUACCACUGGCAUUGAUGAAGAUACGAUCACAAAUCAAUCGUAUGACGCACUUGACUCCUCAUGAAAUGCUCACUGGGCGCCCAAUGCCUAUGGCGUACACCAAAGGUCCAUACAUAGAGCCGUCUGAGGCUCAAUUGGAGGGCGAAAUGCAGGAUUAUAUGCGAAUCCUCACUCGAAUUCACAGACAGUUAUAUUCACAGGUUAGAGAAGCAAUCCAUGGUGGGGACGGGGUAAGGGAGGAUGUACGUUUAGUAGCACCCGGGGAUAAAAUACACAUUCGUAUGUUUAAGAGGAAAAGCCCCCUCGGGGCACGUCGGGAAGGACCCUUCACUGUGGUCGCUGCAACAGCCUCGGCUGUGAGAGUUGAAGAGAGAGAUCAUUGGUACCACCUGAACCAGUGCGUCUGGGCCGGAGCAGGUACGGGACGGGGAGGACCAACAACCCCGGGCCCUGCCACUACAGGGCAGCCCAUGGAGGCGGAGGUGUUAACCGACAGCGACUCAGAUACCUCAUUUAUGGGUCCGGCCUACGGCACUCGAGCCCAGGCUAAACGACGGGCUGUUGACAGGUUGGAUAGACCGGCCCAGUCGGAUGCCGGUAGCGCAACAGGCUCUUCGUUCCUCUCCUCUCCAUACGAUGAUAUUGACCCUGUUACCUCCCCCCGAGCUGAAGCGGGAGACGUAGCUGCCAUCCCGCUGGUAACCCCACCAGAGGCAGAAUUGUUAUCAACACUCGCCACUCUCUGGCAAUCUGAUAACCUUGAUGACCCCAUGCCUAUGAGCACUGUUGAUUUGGGUAUACUGCAGGACCUUGAGGUACAGUUAAGAACACCCCCCGUCCCCGUGCCCCCUGAGCUCCGGUCUCCGUAGGGAUCUUUACACACUCCCCUACCAUUGGGUCGAGAGAACACUGGUUCAGUAGA